UAUAAUUCAUAUAUAAAUACUGAUUAAAUGGCAAUGUUUAAAUUUGCUCUUAUCAUUUUCAUUGAAUAAAUACUUCAAUCCGGAUUUACUAAUCUUCUUUUUGACCUUAUUUGGGUUAUACCAACAUGUUGGCAUGAUGUGGGGAUAUCUAUUUAUAGUUUGCCUCUAGAAUUUAUAAAAUGAUUUACUAAUUAAGAUUUAAUUGCCCAAUAAUUUAAAUAAUUGAAAUGAAGGCAAUGUGUCCAUUACUGAGAAGAGAUAGUUUUAGUGAAGAAGAGCAGCCAUAUUAACACAGUGAGUGUGAUUAAGUUGAAUUUUAGCUAACCAAUCGCUGGUGUUAAGCUGAGGCUGACACCGAUCCUAAUAUAUUAGCAUAAAAAGGUCCAUCUAUAAAAAAGAAGAAACAAGGCCGCUACAAGAAUGUUCCCUACACUUUUGGUCGACAUUUUAGAAAUUGGAUUGAAACCGAAGUAGGACCCAUGUAAUGUCCAGUGGUUUAAAAAUUCAUUUCUAAACGUAAAUAAAAUCCUAGGUAUCAUGACAGUUUCAAAGAUUUUAAUGAUCUAUUCCAACACUCAGGUAUAGGUAGAUAACUAGGUUAACUUUUCUUUGGGCAGAAGAAAUGGGUGUAAUAUCUCUUAAGCAAUGAAAGAGUUGAUGGAUUGUAAAUUUACUUUGAAGUUGAAAGAUCUUACUAUGAUGCUGCUACAAAAGGAACUAAAAUCACUGAACAAAAGGUGAGAAAUAUUUGA